AUGCCGGACCAAUCGAAAGUCCAAGAAAAACGACAACGACGCCACUCACUCUCGCAAGCUGCUCUACACAGUACAACGGUACGGCUGUGGCACCCAAUCGAUCAGCAUGUAGAUGGUACCAACAACACGGUAGGGCAGCUCUCCAAGCAAGCAUCUACCAAGUACAAUAUGCCGCGCCACGUCCGCGACAGUGACAACAAUGACAUCAACAGCGACGUGGACGAGCUGCCGCUCGAGGACACGACGGCCGCGUUGGCGCUCAAGUCGAAGCGCACCGAGCGCAUGCAACGGCGCAGAGUAGAGCGCGAGAAGAAGAGGGAGACCCUGACCAGCCUCAGCAAGCUGCCCACGGAGCUUCUUCUCGCGAGCCUCGUCCACCUGUCGCCACGCGAUGUCUUCAGCUUCGGCCUCGCCACGCGCCGCUUCCACGCCCUCGUUGCGGCGCAUUCGCACGUGCUUGGCAGCGCCAUCAUUGCCAGUCGCUAUGCGCUUCUCGCCCAGUGCUUCCCCACGCCCAAGUUGCUGCGAGACGUGCCGCCCGCAGUGCAGCCCCUCCUCACUGACCCCAGCCGCCAGACGCAGCUCAACAUCCACCGGCGCCCGUACCCGCACAUCCAGCCGCCCGACGCCCUCCAGCUAUGCACAUGCCUCACCUGCAUCCUCACUUGGAACAAUCUCGGCCUCGUGCUCGACUUUGCCCACUGGCAGACCAACCUCGACCUCGGCAUCCCCAUACCCACCCUUCCUCGCGGCCACACGGCCGAGUGGAAUAGCGAGCUCCUGGCCCGCAACGCCCGCAUGGCUCGCAGGGCCGUCGACGACUCGCUGUGGCAUGCCCGCAUCCUGGAAAUUCACCUCGACACCACCGUUCGCUCCAUACGCCGUCACGCCAAGAACAAGGGCAACCAGCGCACCCACGUCGACAUGACCGACCAAGACGCAGCCGCCGCCACCGAUGUCUUUCUGUCCAAGCCCGGGCCCCCGAGUCUGGAGUUCCCCUACCAGCGCGACGAAUACUACAUGCUGGAGGCCUACCUCCCCAACCGCUGGUGGAAGAAGACCGACGCCCGCUGGCUCUACAUCAUCGCCGGUCAGCACGACCGAGAUCUUGAGCUGGUCCAGCGUCUGGCUGCCACGCACGACCUACACAAUUAA